AUGGAUGAGCCACGAGUUUUAGCAAUGUUACCCGAUGUUAUCAACGGGAAAACUCAAGCAGAACUUUUGAAGGAGCUCAGAGAGUCGAGCAGUCAACAAAAUUGCUAUGAAUUAGAAGGAAUGAAGUUUUCUUGGGUUAUGCCGCGGUCUGCAUUUGAAGGCAUAAAGGCAUUUGAAGUGCGAGAUGACGACGUGUUUAUUCCUGCGUAUCCUAAGUCGGGUAACCAUUGGCUUCAUGAGAUUGUGCAAUACAUCAAAAGCGAAGGUAACGACAAUUUCGACCGCUCCUUUAUGAAUACUGCCAUGGAAGUGGUAUCUAUGAAAUCAGCCGCUGAAGACGAGACCGCCGUUGCUGGUUAUACAAUCAUGGAAACUUGGGAGUCUCCAAGAUGCAUUGGCACUCACUGUCAUGCGCGGUUCCUUCCUCCGAAGGUGUGGGGAUCCAAAGCUAAGGUGAUCUACAUGGCACGAAAUCCCAAAGACACCUUUGUCUCCUUCUUCAACUUCAUGAAAGAAUUUUUGCUGCCAUCAUUUCGCAACUGGGAUGCUUUUUUCUUCUCGCUUUUCACUGGAACCAGUAAAGUUGGACGCUGGAAGAACUACUUUACUGUGGCACAAAGCGACGCCUUCGACAUGAUUUACAAGGAGAAGCUACAAGGAACUGGUCUCGACUUUGAUUUUGAACUUUAG